AUGGAUUGGAUUCAUUGCAAUAAUUGUUUUUCUCAAUUAGAUCCUGGCAUAACUCUUCAUUUGACAUCUUGUGGACAUAUGUUUUGUAAUAAUUGUUUAAAUAAUGGAUCUCAACAAAGCACAUGUUUAAUAUGUCGUUUGCCUUGUUCAAUUAUGAAAUUGGUACCUGAUAUGAAACCAGAAAUUCAAGACUAUUUUACUGAGCCGGAAGAGAUAAUCAAAAAAUGUUGUGAAGUAUUACAGUUUCAGAAACAACACAGGCGGAGGCUUCUUUCAUAUUUAUUUCAGUCGACAAAGAAAUUUUACACGGCCAGAACGGAGUUAAGGCGAAUGACCGAGUUGUGCCAAAAACAACACAAGCAAUUGAAAGAGAAUCAGAAAACUAUCAAACAUUUGGAAGCACAGAUAUCACAGUCAAAACAAACAUCACCAUUCAAUAUUCCUAUAUCACCUGUUACUAACGUGUCACCUAAUUUUUUGCAAGCGACGCCUACUUACAAAAGGACAGCUAAAAGUACUCCAUAUAGUCAGCCGUAUCAAUCUAACCUGGUGACCCCGUCACGGAUAAGCAAACAGAGGACAAGCAACUUUGGUUCUCAGAGUCAGCGGUCUAACACGUCCCUUAAGAUUUCAUCGACAGUGUUCACACCACCGACGCCCGAGUCAGUAGGGUACAGCGACUUUUUAAAGAAUUUGUCCUUCCUUAGUCAAUGCAGCAAUGAGUCAGGCUACCUGUCCAACAGCCCGGUGUUGUAUUGCAACGGCUAUGACCGAAAAUGUACAUUCAAUAAAAAGAAUUACAUUAAGAAGUAA